AUGUCCGAGGAAUUUUACGAUGAGGAUCCGUACACUUAUGAGGACGAUGAGUCUUCAAUUACAGCAGAGGACUCUUGGACUGUGAUUUCGGCCUUUUUCCGCGAAAAAGGCCUUGUAUCGCAGCAACUGGACUCUUUUAACCAAUUCAUCAAUUAUACCAUUCAAGAUUCAAUUAUGGAAGAUUCCACGUUGAUUUUGGAGCAACUGGCGCAACAUACCACGGAGACAGAUAACAUCAGCAGGAAAUACGAGAUCAGUUUCGGGAAAAUUUACCUGGCCAAACCGUCGAUGACUGAGUCUGACGGUGUGUCGCACGCAAUGUACCCGCAAGAGGCCCGGUUGCGGAACCUGACUUACGCGUCGGGACUGUUUGUAGAGAUUCGCAAACGGACGUAUGAAGCGGUGGACAUUCCGGGUAGAGACUUGAAAUAUGAAGUCAUUGACGAGGAGAGCGAGAUGUCUGACGAUAGCAAAAUCUUUAUUGGUAGAGUGCCCAUCAUGCUGCGGUCCAAGUACUGUCUAUUGGACGAGCUGACAGAAAGUGAUCUGUACAAACUAAAGGAAUGCCCGUUUGACAUGGGUGGUUAUUUCAUCAUUAACGGGUCUGAAAAGGUCCUUAUUGCGCAAGAACGCUCAGCAGGAAACAUCGUACAGGUGUUCAAAAAAUCUGCACCUUCUCCGAUUUCUCACAUCGCAGAGAUCCGUUCUGCAUUGGAAAAGGGCUCUCGUUUCAUUAGUACGCUCCAAGUCAAACUUUAUGGUCGGGAAGGAAAUACCAAUCGUACUAUCAAGGCAACCCUCCCUUACAUCAAGCAAGACAUUCCAAUUGUUAUCAUUUUCAGAGCCCUUGGUAUUAUACCCGAUGGAGAGAUUCUAGAGCAUAUUUGCUACGACGUAAACGAUUGGCAAAUGCUGGAAUUGCUAAAACCUUGUGUAGAGGAAGGUUUCGUCAUUCAAGAUAGAGAGACUGCAUUGGACUUUAUUGGUCGUCGUGGUACGGCAUUGGGUAUCAAGAAGGAGAAAAGAAUUCAGUACGCCAAGGACAUUUUACAGAAAGAGUUUUUGCCUCAUAUCACCCAAUUGGAAGGUUUUGAAAGCAGAAAGGCUUUCUUCCUGGGGUAUAUGGUCAACAGAUUACUUUUGUGUGCCCUUGAUCGUAAGGAUCAAGAUGAUCGUGACCAUUUUGGUAAGAAAAGAUUAGAUUUGGCCGGCCCAUUACUAGCACAACUUUUCAAGACUCUAUUCAGAAAGUUGACAAGAGAUAUUCUGAGGUUCAUGCAAAGAUCCGUCGAAGAAGCGAAAGAUUUCAACUUGAAACUGGCAGUCAAAGCCACAACAAUCACUGCCGGUCUGAAGUAUGCUUUGGCAACUGGUAACUGGGGUGAACAGAAGAAGGCUAUGACGUCCAGAGCCGGUGUCUCCCAAGUCUUGAACAGAUACACAUACUCCUCGACCUUAUCACACUUAAGAAGAACCAAUACCCCUAUUGGGCGUGAUGGUAAACUCGCCAAACCACGUCAACUGCAUAAUACACACUGGGGGCUCGUUUGCCCUGCAGAGACUCCGGAAGGUCAAGCUUGUGGUCUGGUCAAAAAUUUGUCAUUAAUGUCAUGCAUAUCCGUUGGUACUGAUCCAGUCCCCAUUAUUACAUUCUUGAAUGAGUGGGGUAUGGAACCAUUGGAAGAUUACGUUCCGCAUCAGUCUCCCGAUGCCACUAGAGUUUUUGUCAACGGUGUAUGGCAUGGUAUUCACAGAAACCCCGCUAAGCUCGUUGACACAAUCAGAAAACUAAGAAGAAAAGGUGAUGUUACUCCUGAAGUGUCCAUCGUGAGAGACAUUCGUGAAAAGGAACUAAAGAUCUUCACAGAUGCGGGUAGAGUCUACAGACCGCUCUUUAUUGUUGAUGAAAACGAGGAAACAGGUACCAAGGAGCUAAAACUAAGGAAAGGACACGUCAGGAAGCUAAUGAUGACUGAAUACCAGGAUAUUGAGGGUGGUUUUGAAGAAGAAGAUCUGAAUUACACAUGGACCUCUUUACUCAAUGAAGGACUGGUUGAAUAUAUUGAUGCUGAGGAAGAAGAAACAAUUCUCAUCGCCAUGCAACAUGAAGAUCUUGACCCCACAAUCGGUGCGAUAGAUCCUGAAGAGGAACUAGACCCCGCUAAGCGUAUCAAAGCCAUUCAUCAUUCUAACACAUUUACCCAUUGUGAGAUUCAUCCCUCCAUGAUCCUAGGUGUUGCUGCAUCUAUCAUUCCAUUCCCAGAUCAUAAUCAAUCCCCUCGUAACACCUAUCAAUCUGCCAUGGGUAAGCAGGCUAUGGGUGUCUUCCUAACAAAUUACAGUGUUCGUAUGGACACCAUGGCUAAUAUCUUAUAUUACCCUCAAAAACCACUAGGUACCACGCGUGCCAUGGAGUAUCUAAAGUUUAGAGAACUUCCAGCUGGUCAAAAUGCUAUUGUAGCCAUCGCAUGUUAUUCGGGUUACAACCAAGAAGAUUCAAUGAUCAUGAACCAAUCGUCGAUCGACUCUGGUUUGUUCAGAUCUUUGUUUUUCAGAUCUUAUAUGGAUCAAGAAAAACGUAUUGGUAUGUCCAUCACGGAGUCCUUCGAAAAACCUCAACGUACCAACACGUUGCGUAUGAAGCAUGGUACAUACGAUAAACUGGACGACGACGGUUUGAUAGCACCGGGCGUCAGAGUGUCUGGUGACGAUAUGAUUAUAGGUAAAACAACGCCUAUUCCCCCCGAUGCGGAAGAGUUGGGUCAAAGAACAGCAUUCCACUCGAAGCGUGAUGCUUCGACGCCUCUACGAAGUACUGAAAACGGUAUUGUUGAUCAGGUUUUGAUCACGACUAAUCAGGAGGGUCUGAAGUUUGUGAAAGUCAGAGUCAGAACAACUAAAGUGCCUCAAAUCGGUGACAAAUUCGCAUCUCGUCACGGCCAGAAGGGUACUAUUGGUAUCACUUACCGCAGAGAAGAUAUGCCAUUUACUGCAGAAGGUGUUGUUCCUGAUUUAAUCAUCAAUCCACAUGCCAUUCCAUCCCGUAUGACAGUCGCUCACUUGAUCGAGUGUUUGUUGAGUAAAGUCGCUGCGCUUUCGGGGAAUGAGGGUGAUGCCUCUCCGUUCACAGAUAUUACAGUGGAUGGGAUCUCGAGGCUGUUGCGUGAGCAUGGAUACCAAUCUCGUGGGUUUGAAGUCAUGUACAAUGGCCAUACUGGUAAAAAAUUGAUGGCCCAGAUUUUCUUCGGUCCAACCUAUUACCAACGUUUGAGACAUAUGGUAGACGACAAGAUUCACGCCAGAGCCCGUGGUCCAGUACAGGUGCUAACGAGACAACCUGUGGAAGGUAGGUCCAGAGACGGUGGUUUGAGAUUCGGAGAAAUGGAACGUGACUGUAUGAUCGCUCACGGUGCCGCGUCUUUUUUGAAGGAAAGACUCAUGGAGGCGUCAGAUGCAUUCAGAGUUCACAUCUGUGGUAUCUGUGGUUUGAUGACAGUCAUCGCGAAAUUGAAACAUAAUCAAUUUGAAUGCAGAGGCUGUAAAAACAAGAUUGACAUUUAUCAAAUUCAUGUCCCAUACGCAGCCAAGCUUCUAUUCCAAGAGCUGAUGGCCAUGAACAUCGCACCACGUCUAUAUACUGACAGGUCUAGAGACUUUUAG